AUGGCCAACAAACUUGCCACCAUCUUUUCCCUGGUUGCCACCGUCCUCCUACUUACCCUUCUUGUGGUAGGAAGGUCAGAAACGGGCUUCUCAGAAACAACCUCAACAGUUGACCUCAGUCAAAUGAGCGUCGAUCCAAACCUGAACGCAAAACUUGCCCAUGCUGAAAAGCUCUGGCAGAAGUCCGUCCAAGACCGCAAGAAAAUGGUAGCCACGUCAGGCCAUGACAAGAACUUCCCUGACGGAUACAUUUACCCAUUCAACGUCUGGGACUUUGCCCGACCCAGCUUCUUCUGCCCUUACGAUCUCGAGAGAGUUGGUACACUGGGAGAUGGUGGCAAGGUAGUCUGCGGUAUGGCUCGUUACGAGAAAGAGUGUCCACCUUCUCCAGCAACUCGCGAACUCAUUGUUUACUCCUUCGGUGUUAGCGAUGAUUCUUCCUUCGAGGCUGAGUUGCUCCAAAGGACUAAUGCUCGUAUCUGGGGCUACGAUAGUAGUGUGGACUCCUGGGCGAAGGAAAUUCCAAGAUAUCAGUACUCCCGCGCACGCUUUUCCAAGGUCAAGAUCGGCAAGGUUACGGAUAAGACUGUUGACCCACCAGUCUAUACUAUACAGGAUCUGAUGAAAGCGAACGGACAUACCUACAUCGAUCUUGUCAAGAUGGACAUCGAAGGCGCCGAGUUCGACGCUUUGACCUCCUUGAUCGAGUCCAUUGUGGAGCAGCAGACCGACGACAGAAAUAGCACCUUGCCUUUUGGGCAGCUUCUGAUUGAGAUCCAUUUCAUGAAGCCACCGCCGGGACUAUCCAUUCCGGACAGUCUCCAGUCUUGGAUGGAAUGGUGGUCGAAGUUGGAGUCGAUGGGUUUGCGGCCCGUUAAUAAUGAGGAUAAUUGGAUUGGCGAUGUGCGAUACGGAAAGCCCAGGUUUAUCGAGUAUACCUUGAUCAACGUAAUUGAUAAAGACAGGAACGUGCUACUUUGGACAUGA